UAACCACUUCCCGUCUGGCCCAUGUACAUAAACGGUUGAAAGGGAGCAGUGCUGAGGCGGGUCGCUGUUUUUAAAUGGCCCCCGCAUUCACUGCCUGUGCGUGCUCCUCCGGACACAGCGGAACACCGAUCGCUGUACGGGACCUCUUAAGCAAUGAUGUCAGAAAUGACAUCUUGCUUACUACUCUGCAUGUGAUCACUGAUUGGCCAAUCAGUGAUCACAUGAUUGGGACCUCGCACAGAGGUCCCGUCUGACGAUCGGUGUU